AUGGUGGGUCGGCUGAGCCUGCCGGAGGCGCCGGAUCUGCCCGACGCCAAGCGGCGCGGCGAGCGGCCGCUGGACAGCCCCGACUCCGGCCUGCCGCCCAGCCCCAGCCCGCCCAGCUGGCUGCCCGGCGGGCUGCAGGAGGCGGAGGCGGCCGGAGCGCCCCGGCCUCCGGCCAGGAACUCUCCCUCUCCUAACCCUCUGCUUCCUGGCAGUGCGUCACGUUUGUGCCUUCUGUCAUUUGGCGAAGGAGUGGAGUUUGACCCUUUACCUCCCAAGGAUGUAAGGUACACCUCUUCGGUGAAAUAUGACUCGGAGAAGCACUUCAUUAAUAACGUCUACAUGCCGAUGGGGCUCGGGAUGUCCUCUUGCAGCCAGACGGUCGUCUGCGUCCCCGACAGCACCUGGCGUAGCUACAAAGCCGAGCUGCACUUCGAGCCCCGCCCCAAGGCCAGGCACUUUGCCAGCACCGCCAUUGUCUACCCCAAGCACACCAAGACUGUCUACACCACCACGCUGGAUUACAAUUGCAAGAAGGUCGUGCGGCGGUUUUUGUCCAGCGUGGAGCUCGAGUCCACGGAGUGCUCCGGCAGGGAUUGCUACCCUGAAGAUUGCUGACCGCUCUCUG